CCUUACGACAUUGUUGAUAAAGCUGAUAUUUUUCCUCAAGUUCUGCAGAAUGGCAUAGAGUGGAUGAGACAAUGGGAACUGGGAACAAAGUACAGCUAUUCCAUGUUGACUGAUGGAUCUUGGGACAUGAGUAAAUUUUUGAACAUCCAGUGCUUUAUUAGCUGUACCAAAUACCCUUCUUUUGCCAAAAAGUGGAUCAAUACUCACAAUUAUGGGAACCUGUACAAGGUUCCUAGGAAUCAGACCAAGCUGACAAUCAUGCUUGAAAAUCUGGGCAUGAGUUAUGAUGGGAGACCUCACAGCGGACUUGAUGACUCUAAAAACAUUGCAAGGAUCGCCAUAAGGAUGCUGCAGGAUGGCUGUGACCUGCGGGUGAACGAGAGAAUUCACGGUGGACAGCUGAUGACAGUCUCCUCCUCAGGCCCCUUAGAGGGAGCCCCUGCUCCACAGAUGCCCCGCUACAGAAACUGGCAGAGAUCAGGGCUCUGCCCCGGAGGCUGCCCUCACAUACCCGCUAAAGACUCCAGAGCUUGUUAA